AUGAUGGGGAUCAGCAGAGCGGUGCUUCGCAUUCUACUUUCGUCCGCAUUCACGGCAGAUGCGUCAUUUGCUACUGCAUCACCCGAUCAAAGGGAUCGCCGCAUUAUUCCGCGGCCUUUGUUACCGAAGACAUCCUGCGGAAGUCAGGGCGCCAGGCGGCCCCCGGCAGAAUGGCCGAGUGGUCUAAGGCGCUGCGUUAAGGCCGCAGUCCGAAAGGGCGUGGGUUCGAACCCCACUUCUGUCAGAUUUUCUCAUUUUCUCCAUUUAUAG